UCUGCUCGGCGCGACGCGGCGCGACGACACGUGAUACGUGAUCCGUCGAUCGUACGUGCGAUUUAACGCGCGGGUGGAAAAAGAAGAAAAUAAAAAGAGAGAGAGAGACGAUCUCGCGUCGCGCGAUACAAUUUUCCUUUACCGCGCGGGCGCCUUCGCCUCUCGCGCCCUCGCCUGGCGUUCCGAAGCUCCGAGCUCCGCGAGAGCGAGAGGCAGCGAGAAAGGGAGUAGAGCGACAGAGAGGAACGUAUUUACGUACCGCGGGUAACCUAAAAACCGAUCUCGGUCCCCGGUGUAAGCGCGAUACAUCGGCAGGACGCGCGCGCAUGCGCGCCGCGGCUCGCUGUCCUCGUGCGCGAAUUUCGAGCGAGGCGCGGGGGUUCACGUGUUAUCGUAACGGCGAAGCUGCGGACAGUGUCAGUGAGAGGAAGUGCUCCCGAGAAGGUGUUGCGAUUAUUCCGGGUAGUGAGUGCGUCGUCGGUUCGGUACGUUCGAAUUCGCGGCAUUCGGAUAGAGCUUCGGAUUAGGGCACCGUGAUCCGAUCUAGAACCAGAUCGUCCUCGAUCGAUCGUCCCUUCCCCAUCCUCCGGAAAGGACCGAUAUUGAAACGUCGACUCGUUGCCUCGAGGGUGGUCAGGAUUUUUAGUGAGCCGCCACGAGAGAUCGAUGAGAAACUAAGAGGAUUCACUGAUCGUCGAAAGAGAGAGAGAGAGAGAGAGAGAGGGAGAAAGAGAGAGAGAGAUAAAAAGAGUGAGCCGAGGGCAAACCGAGUUCGGAAAGUUGUAAUCGCGCGUGGCGGUCGAAUGCAUGACGGAUCAUGGUUUCCGUGUCCGGACCCAUAUCCACGGGGAUCCUAGCGGGACGCCCUUCUGGAUCGCAGGGCCCGCGGCAGAAUGGUGACGCGGAGAGCGAGAAGGACUCCAAGGCGGCGGAACGCGCCAGAAUCCGGCACGAGUCGGAUCUUUACGUCAGGCCCAGCUGGACGGACGCCGCGAUAGCGUUGGAUCAACUUGAAAAGGGGAAGGCGGAAGGCCAGAGGUCAGCGGUGUGGCUCAGGGCGCUACUGCAGGAUCAGCUUAGCCAGUUGGGCUACUUCCUGCAGAGGCAUGCCGGAAAGGUGCUCUUCGUUGCCGUCCUCGCGCUGGCGAUCCUCUGCGUCGCCCUCAAGUCCGCGCAAGUCAACAGCAAGGUCGAGCAGCUGUGGGUGCAGGAAGGUGGAAGGUUAGAAAAGGAGCUUACUUACGCGUCGGAAGUACUCGGCGAGGCAUCCGCUUCGACGCACCAGCUCGUCAUCCAGACGCCGAGGCAUUCCGGGGCGAAUAUCCUGCACCCGGCCGCGCUCAGGGAACACUUGGUAGUGCUGGAGGCUGCGAUGAAUAUAGAGGUGCACCUGUUCGAUAUCACGUGGAAGCUGAAGGACUUGUGUUACGCGCCGAGCAUACCCAACUUCGACAUGCACUACAUCGACCAGAUCUUCGACAGUAUUAUUCCUUGCGCCAUUAUCACCCCACUCGAUUGUUUCUGGGAGGGUAGUAAACUCUUGGGUCCGGAGUUUCCUGUUCACAUACCUGGCGUGAAGAGCAACAGACGCGUCAAGUGGACGAAUCUCAAUCCCACCACGUUGUUGGACGAGAUAAAGAACUUGAUCGAGUCCAGCAAGUUUCCCUUUAAAACGCUCGAGGACUACAUGAGGAGGGCCGGAAUAACGAACGGCUAUCAGAGCAAGCCCUGUCUGAAUCCGGCGGAUCCAGAAUGCCCGGAAACCGCGCCUAACAAACAAUCCCAAAAGGUACCUGAUGUAGGAGCCGAACUGACAGGUGGCUGCUAUGGAUUCGCGGCCAAAUACAUGCACUGGCCGGAGGAGCUGGUGGUCGGCGGCGCCAAGCACAACAAGACGGGCCACUUAACUCGCGCGGCCGCGCUGCAGACUGUGGUGCAGCUGAUGGGCGAGCGCGAGCUGUACGAUUUCCUGGCGAACACCUACAGGGUCCAUCAUAUCGAUUGGACGCAGGAGAAGGCGGCUAAGGUUCUGGAGACCUGGCAGAGAGUGUUCAGCAAUGAAGUGAAGAAGCUGGUGGAGGUCAACGGGUCGGCGCCGUACAAUCUGUACGCUUUUAGCACGACAACCAUGAAUGACAUCCUUGGGAAGUACAGCCAUGUGUCCGUCACGAAGAUCGCGAUCAGUGCUGUGCUUAUGUUGCUAUAUGCCGGUGUAGCCCUCUUUCGUUGGAAGGAUCCGGUGCGUUCGCAAUCCGGGGUGGGAAUGGCCGGUGUGAUGCUGAUUUGCGCCACAAUAGCCGCAGGAUUGGGCUUCUGCGCGCUUCUAGGAAUCCCGUUUAAUGCCACCACGACGCAAAUAGUGCCGUUUCUUGCCCUCGGUCUGGCUGUGCACGAUAUGUUCCUGCUGACGCAUACGUAUGCCGAAUUAUCGGUGAACGAAGUGCCCAGCAGCGAACAAACGGGAGUCGUUCUCAAGCGAACCGGCCUGUCGGUGCUACUGACAGGUCUCACCAACGUUGCUGCCUUUUUCGCAGCGGCGAUAAUUCCAAUCCCAGCCCUUCGGACAUUCUGUAUGCAAGCCGGUAUUUUGCUGGUGUUCAAUCUGGCCGCCAUGCUGCUGAUAUUUCCCGCGAUGGUCAGCCUGGAUUUGCGACGUAGACGUUCCGGUAGGAAGGACAUCCUCUGCUGCUGCUUGCCGGCGACACCUAAUCUUAGAAAAAAUAGAUACUCCGUGAAAAACAACGGCACGGUCAAGCAGACAGUCACCAGGGCAAUACCGCCUGAGAGACGAGAAACCUGUACGCAGAUUUUAACACCACAGAAUACGCAGAACGAAUCCUGGAUAGGUGGAAAUAUCAUCGACUCGGAGCUGGAUAAACAGUGCACCGAGGAGGACGCGCUGACCGGCUGUUCGCAAGAUGAUUGUCUGAGCUUCUCCCUGACGCAGCUUGCAUCUCGGCACUACGCACCCUUCAUCAGUCGACCGGCUACCAAAGUGUUCGGCAUGAUAAUCCUGACCGUCGUGCUGACUGGUAGCAUAUGGGAGGCGAUACGUCUACGUGACGGUCUGGAUCUGACCGAUCUGGUGCCACAGAACUCGAACGAGCACGCAUUCCUGUCUGCCCAGGCGAAGCAUUUUGGCUUCUACAACAUGUACGCGGUCACCGGCCGAGAUUUUGAAUAUCCGAAUAAUCAACGAUUGUUGUACGAGUAUCACGACGCCUUUAUGCGGAUCAAGAACGUCAUCAAGAACGACAAUGGUGGUCUGCCCGAGUUCUGGCUUAGCUUGUUUCGCGACUGGCUAAAGGGCCUGCAGACGGCAUUCGAUAAGGAAUACGACAACGGUUGCAUUACCCAGGAGAGAUGGUUUCCGAACGCGAGCGAUGAGGCAAUCUUGGCGUAUAAACUACUUGUGCAGACGGGUUACGUAGACAAUCCAAUCGACAAGACGCUGAUUACUCAGGUGCGACUGGUCGAUUCGGACGGUAUCAUCAAUCCACGCGCUUUCUACAACUACUUGAGCGCAUGGGCAUCCAACGAUGCGCUUGCUUACGGUGCUUCACAGGCAAAUCUGAGACCCGAGCCACGCCAGUGGAUCUACGUUAAUGAUCAUGAGCUCAAGAUCCCUAAGAGCAUGCCGCUUACGUAUGGACAGAUGCCGUUUUACUUGCACAGGCUCACAGAUACGCAAGAUAUCACACAGUUGAUCGGUAGUGUCCGGGAGCUGUGCAAAAAGUUUGAAGAACGCGGUUUGCCAAAUUUCCCGUCCGGUAUACUGUUUCUCUUCUGGGAACAAUAUAUGGAUCUGAGGAGCUCCAUGGGUAUCGCUCUCCUGGCUGCGUUAAGUGUGAGCCUCUUCGUCGUCGGACUGCUGCUACUGAAUAUAUGGGCUGCCGUGUUGGUCAACAUCUCUCUUCUCGGUGUUAUCACGCAACUACUAGGCAUUAUGGGUCUGUUCGACAUCAAAUUGAGCGCGGUGCCUGCUGUACUGCUAGUAGUUAGUGUGGGCAUAGCUGUUCAUUUCACGGUGCAUAUCUGCCUGAGUUUUGUCACCAGUGUGGGCAGCAGAGAUCGCAGGAUGCGCUUAGCUCUGAAACACAUGUUCGCUCCGGUUGUCCAUAGUGCGCUCACCACGCUGCUCGCCGUGAUCAUGCUCGCCUUCUCAGAGUUCAAUUUUAUAGUCAAUUAUUUUUUCCUCGUAUUACUCUGCGUGAUCGGCAUCAGUCUUGUGAAUGGCGUCUUCUUCUUUCCUAUUUUGCUGUCUCUAAUUGGUCCGUCGGCAGAAGUGAUUCCGAACGAUCAUCCGGAUCGUAUAUCCACGCCAACGCCGCCGGCGUCGCCCGUCGUGAGGAGAUCCAAGCCGCCCACACCGCCGAGGAGAUCUCACAAAAUCGACAAUGCCCGGCUGCACGCCGAGCCGUCGCUCACGACUAUCAGCGAGGAGCCCAACUCGUGGCACAGCACUCAGGAAUCCUGUAUUAUUGUCCAGCCGGAACUCAAGGUGGAGACCACGUCCACAUGUGGCAAUCAGAACUGUAGCGGAUCGGAUACGAGUGGGUCUAGUCGAACAUCGCCGAUUCCGCCCACGUCACACAUCACCACUAAAGUCACCGCAACGGCGAACAUCAAGGUCGAAGUUCACACACCGUUGGCUGGUGGAAUGGAUCGUGAAAAAUGCCGGCACUCGGGCAGCAGUAGUCGAAGGAGCUCGCGCUGCAGUGCGAACAUUAAUGCUGGGGAGUCUUCCAGUUCCAGUUCUGAGCCAGAUUCAGACUCUAACCCAAAACAUUAAUAACAAGUACCGGGGGGACCGGCAGCUACUGCUCAAGUACCACGCAAGGCGGGAAAACACAGAAGGCUGACUAGGAUAGAUUAAUAGAUUUUCCAUUAUAUCUUCCUGUUUUCCUCUUCUUUCCCUUCCCCCUCCCUCAUCCUUACUUAACUCCUUAUUCUUUUGUUCCACUAUUUUCCUCUGUCUCAAAUGAGUAAUGCAACAUGAGUUGUCUUUACUCGGAUUUUAAAGCGGAAGCAUUAUAACACAAAUCGCAUUUUUAUGUAUAUGAAUAUUUUUGGAAACAAUUUUGUUGCGCAUUUAAUAUCUUGUGUUCUGUACGCCGAAUUUUUUUAAGUUUAAAAUAGAUUAUUUCUCCGUAAAAACCAACAUUAUAUUUACUUGGGAUUUGAUAUUAGAAGCGGAUAUUUACAUUUUAUGUGUAUAUUAAUGCGUGAAUUAUUACAAGGUUUUAAGUAAAUUGUUAAAGUUCUUAAUCAAAAGCAAAUUUUAACCGAAAUGAUGUGAGAAAAAUAGGAUUCUAUUCGAAUAUUUCAACAGUAAUAGUAUUCAUCGAAUAUGUAAUAGUAUUACCAAGGACAAUAAUGUGUACAACUUGAUAAAUUAAUGUAUUAGAUUAUUUUAGGUAAAUACUAUCUAAAAUAUAUAUUUUAGAUAAAUUUAUUUAAUUAAUGACUGCGGCGUCACAAGAGUAGUGUCAUGUACUCUACUGGCAAGCACAUAAGGACAUUGUAUGAUAUUAUACUCUUCGAGAAAGAGAAAUGACAAUACAUGCCGGUGUGCCUUUGUUUAUCAGAGACUGACACUAAUGCGUUUGUGUCGGUGAGCGUAUUUGUAAUAUUUGCGUAAUGCAUAACGAGAAAAAGCAUUUACUAAGAUGUAUAUAUACAUAUACUCGUUAUUUAAUUAGAAAGCUAAAGAUUUUACCGUCACUAAGAUGUGAUGUUUUUAAAUGUAAUCGUGAAAUUUUACGAGGACGACGCUUUAUUGUGCGGCAACAAGCGACAAAAUUUCCAGAUAUUACUAUUUAUUUUUUUCUACAUUAAUCAUAUGUAACGCGCAGUGUGUAUGUAUGUGACUAGGAGCGAUACUACGAUACUGAAUCUCUGAGAUCUAUUUAUUAUUUAUUUUAAUAGUAUUCCUCGGCGUUUCUGCGGGUGUGUGUGUGUGUGUGUGCGAGCGCAAUAUUUUGUACGCACAAACAUAUGAUGACUUGUAAAAAUAAUUAUUUAUAUCGGAAUAUACGAGAAUAUUUUCAUUGCCUACGAUAACAACGGUACUUAAUUUAAUGGAGUAUAUAUUCCUAUUCUGAUAUUCAUACCUCUAAUGUGUACAAAGUUGUAAUAUAUAGUGACCAAUAUAACGCGGCGUAACUGCGGCACGCAUUGUCAUGAGAUGUGACUCGUGAAAUUAUGUACAAUAUAAGCGAGAAGUAUUCCUUAUGCCAAGUCAAUUUUGUAUACAUAUGCGAGACUCGAGAUGUGUAUUUAAAGUGUACGAAAAGCGUCCUGCGAGACGGUAUUUGCAUUUUGUAUAAAGUACAUGUUGUAUAAGUUCGGAUGGGAAAAAUAGUCAAUAUACCUCUAAUAUACGUAUAAAUUGUGUCCAUGGCUCAUUCUUUUGCAAACUUUAUUGUAAGAAUCUAAUUAUUUUUUAUGUAACGAAUGUGUAAAAGCUACUACUUGUACCAUUUAUAAUCCCAUUUUUUUGUAAAUAUAAAUAACAUUGUAAUAAGAA